AUGUCAGAAAAUAGAACAACCACAGUUUCAAUUUCAGAUAGGGAUGUUUUUAUUGUUGAUUGUGUAAGAACACCAGUUGGUAGAGGUUAUUCUAAUGGAUCUUUAAAUUCCAUGAAACCAAUCGACUUAUUAGCAACUACUUUAGAUCAAUUAAUGAAAAGAAAUACAAAAGUUGAUAGAUCUCUUGUAGAGGAUGUUAUUUGUGGUGUAGUUACACCAGUCAGAGAACAAGGUGCUAAUAUUCCAAGAUUUGCAGCACUUAAAGCCAAAUUUCCACAAUGUGUACCAGGUGUUCAAUUAAAUAGAAUGUGUGGUUCAGGUGAACAAGCAGUUCAUUUUGGAUCACAAGCUAUUAAAUCAGGUGAUAUGGAUAUUGUUAUUGCUUGUGGUGUAGAAAUGAUGGGUGUUGUUCAAAUGGGUAGUGAUUGGCAAUUAGAUGAGACUUUUAAAGAUGGUUUUGAUUUUAAGAUUCUUCAUCAAGGUGUAUCAUCAGAAAUGAUUGCAGAAAAAUAUAAUAUCAGUAGAGAGGAAAUUGAUAGAUUCAGUGGUAGAAGUCAUGAAUUAGCAGAUAAAGCUCAAAAGAAUGGUUAUUUUAAAAGUCAAAUUAUUCCAGUCACUUUACCAGAUGGCAAAGUAAUUGAUAAAGAUGAGGGUAUUCGUACACCAGUAGAUUAUAAAAAAAUGGCAACAUUAAAGACACCUUUUAAGGCCAAUGGUAAAAUCAGUGCCGCCAAUGCUUCACAAAUUAGUGAUGGUUCAUCAGCUGUACUUUUAGUCAGUGGUAGAAAAGUAAAGGAGUUGGGUUUAGUUCCACGUGCCCGUAUUGUAGCAACUGCUGUUGUUGGAUCUGAUCCAGAGUUAAUGUUAACAGGACCAAUCCCAGCCACCAAAAAAGUUUUAGCAAAGUGUGGUCUCUCUUUGAGUGAAAUCGAUAUUUUCGAAAUCAACGAAGCUUUUGCAUCUGUAGCAUUAGCAUGGCAAAAAGAAUUAAAUAUAGACAUAAGCAAAGUUAAUCCAAACGGAGGUGCUAUUGCUUUGGGCCAUCCAUUAGGUGCUACUGGUUGUAUUUUAAUGACUAAAUUGGUUAACGAACUUGAAAGAUCAAACAAAAGAUAUUCACUUCAAACAAUGUGCAUUGGUUUUGGUAAUGCCACCGCCACUAUCUUGGAAUCAUGUUCAUUUAAACCAAAUCCAAAGUUAUAA